ACCCAGCCAAUUCCCACUCCCAAUGUCCCACUUCCCCCCAAUCCCGUCCAAUACCCACCUUCCGAAUCCCGCGGACUAACGAUUCUCCUUACCGCUUGGCAACGAUACAAACAAUUUACCACGGGAUCUCACCCUUUCGCUCGCUCGCUAGAAAAUUCCCCCGCAGCAAUUGGCUAUGUCUAAUAACUACUUGUACGAGUACUCGACCUGAUCCAGCUCUGCGCAGCGCCAUACAAUACAGUGGGCACUCGAGCGUUGUACAACACACGCGAACACCAAUCAGGCGGAGGAAAAAAGUAACCACCCACUUAAGCCCAGCCAUAGAUCCCAGCCGACAAUCCACCGACAGGCAGACCAACCGCCACGCCUAAAUCCCAAGCAAAAGUCUAAUUUCCACAUCUCUUCCAUUCCAUUCCUUUCUUUUUCUUUUCUUAUUCUUCUUCUCAUCUUCCGCCGGUACCGGUAUUGUUUGCUGGCCUGCUCGCUGGCUCAUUGACCCUCGUGCUCAUCGGGUAUGUACCCCGUGCGGAUGAACGCCCUACCGUAUACCCGCCCCCUCCCCUAUGGGGCCAAUUCUGCGAGGGGGGAUAUAAACCGAUACUUGCCCCUCCUCUGAGUGCUCCUCCACCCGACAGGUAGAUAGAAGGAAGGAAGGAAGCUGGGUGAAUCGUCGACCAACCGUGUCAACCUCUUUCCCUUAAGCACAAAAUGAAGCUCACGAUCCUUACCCUCUUGUCUGUCGCCGGCACCGUCGUUUCCGCCAGCGGUGGGCUCGCCCUCAGAGCCGGGAAUUGUCCUGCGACCGCAUCAAACUCUUGCGGGAACGUGGCUGGUGGAUUGAAGGAUUGUUGUCCGGAGGGUACGACAUGCACUAUCGUUGGGAGAAAGACAUAUUGCUGUUCCCCUGGUGGGUCCCUCCUCUCCCUUCCUCUACUAUCGCUUAUCUCUCUUCUGGAGAUGCAUUCUCCAGGUCAGGCGGGGUGUUGACUGUAUUCCAGGAGAUGAAAUGUGUUCCCAGGGCCAUAUAACCGCGUGCGCAUUACCAAUGUGGGGCGUGAAUGCAAGUGGAUACUGUACUCCUCCUUCCCCUUCUGGUAGCGGUAUCUCUACAAAUGUGCGAUCCUCCCCUUCUCCUACAAGUACUUGUACAGUACUCGAGUACCUACCCACCGGCCGAUGGGCUAACCCCGCGCAGACCACUAGUACCCUGGCCCCAACAAGCACCAGCACCUCAACCGGAUACACCACUAUAACCGCCGUUCCAACAAGUACGGGAAUAGUAACGGACCCGCGACCGAUGCCGAACAUCACAAUCACAAAUGCGGCUGCAGGCGCCCCGAGUCUCCAGCGAGGUGUGAGCAUCGGAGGCUGGCUUGGUGCGCUAGUCUUGGGGUACAUGGUUUUGUAGGUAGGGACGAGCUUGAAUGAAUGUGAAUGAAUGCAUGGAGGAGUUUAAUUUGAAUCAAUAGAGCUGUUGCUAUUACUUUACCCUGCAUUUCCUUACAAUACGGUACCUCACUAUAUAAUUUUUAAUUAUAAUAUCUGAUUGCUGAG